ACCUUGGUAUCCGUUGAGACCGCCCCCCCCCCUCUCUCUCUCUCUCUCUUCUUCAGACUUCAGUCGCCCCUCUUUUGCUCAUUAGUCUCCUUCGUUGCCCCCGACCUUCCCUCCAUCUUCCAAUGCAAAAAAUUCCAGUUCAUCGCUUUUCCGACAUACACAGAAUUUUUUAGGGUUUAUUUUUUGUUUUCUCCAAUGCAACCAAACUUCUUUCCUACAGAUACUUAAAUCUCUCAUUUUCCUCCAAAAUGGGUAGAUUCAUAGUGUCGUUUCUCGCCGGAAGAGUUCAGUCCUUGUCGUACUCAUCUCGCCGGCUAUAAUGGUGGACGCCGGGAAGCACACUUCCCAAGACGACGGUGGUUCCGAGAGCUCUAUAUCUCGUAAGCUCAUGGCAAAGACGCCGUUUUUCGGACUGAACCUAUACAUCGUGAUUGGUAUCUGCGUCGGAUGCGUGAUUGUCGCUGUUCUUCUCAUUCUUCUCAGUUUUCGUCGGUGUCAAAGCUCACGCCGGAAGCGUGUAAAGAACACUUCAGGUUUAAUUCCUAUGAUCUCUAAGGAGAUCGUCGAAAAGGAGAUCAUAGAAAUAAAAGCUUCGGAUGGAAAUGAGAAUGAGAAGAUCGACGACACAGAUAAGAAAGAAAUUGAACUUGUCAAAGCCGACUCAAAUAAGGCCAUUGGUGUCGGAAAUCGGAGUAUAGGGAGUAACGUUUCGGGUGGGAGCCAGAGCUCGUCGUCGGUCGUAUCUGGCGAGAUCUCGAUUAUCGGGUGGGGACGGUGGUAUGCUCUGAGUGAGCUGGAGAUUGCUACCGGUGGGUUUUCCAGCGAUAAUGUGAUCGGAGAAGGAGGCUACGGAGUUGUUUUCCGGGGAGUUUUGCCCGAUGGUUCAAUAGUUGCAGUGAAAAACCUUUUCAACAACAAGGGUCAGGCAGAGAGGGAGUUCAAGGUUGAAGUUGAAGCCAUUGGAAAAGUAAGGCAUAAAAACCUUGUAGGUCUUCUUGGGUAUUGUGCAGAUGGUCCUCAUAGGAUGCUUGUGUAUGAAUAUGUGGAUAAUGGAAAUUUGGAGCAAUGGUUGCAUGGCGAUGUGGGCCCUACCAGUCCAUUGACAUGGGAUAUCCGCAUGAAGAUUGCCAUAGGAACAGCUAAAGGAUUAGCUUAUUUGCAUGAAGCGCUAGAACCCAAAGUUGUGCACCGUGAUAUCAAAUCCAGUAACAUUCUCCUGGAUAAGAAAUGGAACCCAAAAGUCUCAGAUUUUGGACUUGCAAAGCUCUUAGGUUCAGAAGCAAGCUAUGUAACCACACGAGUAAUGGGAACAUUUGGAUAUGUAUCUCCUGAGUAUGCUAGCACUGGUAUGCUUAAUGAGAGCAGUGACGUUUAUAGUUUUGGUAUUCUACUGAUGGAAAUAAUCUCUGGGAGAAGUCCAGUAGAUUAUGCUAGACCAGCUGGUGAGGUGAAUUUGGUUGAGUGGUUUAGAGGAAUGGUAGCAAAUCGUCGUGAGGAAGAAGUGGUAGACCCUCUGAUCGAAGUUCAUCCAUUGCCAAGAGUGUUGAAGAGGGUUUUGUUGAUUUGCCUUCGUUGUAUUGAUCCAGAUGCUAACAAGCGACCAAAGAUGGGGCAAGUUGUACACAUGCUAGAAGCAGAUGAGUUUCCUUUCCGUGCUGAACACCGGGUACCCCGUGACACAGCUUCCCUUACUCCCCGACUGAGCCCCACAAUCACCAAUGGAGUUGCAUUCCCAUCCAAGACCACUUGGAGAGGUGAUGUCGAAAGGUCAAGGUGAAGAUAAGUUUGUUUGGUUGAAGUACAGUAGAUGAAUAAACGUAAAAUAAUUUUCUAGUUUGUAAAUUGCCUUCUAAUUUAUAAAAGAAAUUGUUUCAUUUGUUUUUCAUA